AUGUCCACCUCCAACAAUGUCGUGAAUAACAAUGACGCAACUCGACUUAUUAUACAGUUUUUACGCGAGAACAACCUCACCAAGACGCUUGAAGUAUUGCAGGACGAGACGGCGACUACAUUCAACACCAUCGAAGACAAGGAUGCCUUUGUCAACGACAUUGUGGAAGGCAAAUGGGACGUUGUAUUACGCACUCUUGGAGAUAUGAAGAUCGCACCAGAGCAUCUCUUUGAUCUCUAUGAACAAAUUGUUAUGGAUAUGAUCGAGCUCAAAGAAUAUAGCACGGCACGUAUGCUAGUCAGCAGCACAGAGCCUCUCAACGCGCUUCGAGACCAACAGCCUGAGCGAUAUGUACGGCUAGCCGAGAUGGCUGAUAAGGAGAUAUUCAUUGAUGAUCCAGCAAUGGAAGACGAAGAUAUGACCAAGAUCGAACGACGACAAAGGAUUGCCAAAGAUCUCCUCAAGCAAUUUGAAAUCGUUCCAUCAUCACAGCUGUUGGCACUCUUGGGUCAAUCCUUGAAAUGGCAACAACAUCAAGGCGUAAUUCCACCUGAUACUGCAUUUGAUCUUUUCCGUGGUACGGUCCCGGUUCAAAAAGCUGAAGAUGACGCCGUAGCAUCACAAAUGUAUAGCACAAUCAAGUUUCCUGGCAAGAAGGCAUAUGCCGAAGUGGCUGUAUUUUCACCAAAUGGGCAAUACCUCGCUACAGGAACAGCGGAUGGCUUUAUUGAGUUGUGGAAUUAUCUUACGGGGAAGUUGCGUAAGGAUUUGAAAUACCAAGCUGAGGAUCGUUUGAUGGCUAUGGAUAAAGCGGUGCUAUGUUUGAGCUUUAGCCGAAACAGCGAGCUUUUGGUCUCUGGAUCGGAUGAUGGCAAAAUUGCAGUCUGGAAGAUUCAAAGUGGAAUUUGUCAAAGGCGGAUAUCACCAGCACAUAGCCAAGGUGUCACGGCCGUAUGCUUCAAUAAGGAUGGAACACAAGUGUUGAGUGGCAGCUAUGAUCAAACCAUCAAGAUCCAUGGUCUCAAAUCAGGGAGAGCUCUCAAGGAAUUCCGUGGACAUUCUUCGUUCGUCAACAGUGUCAUGUUUGCAGAGGAUGGAUCACGUGUAUUAAGUGGUAGCAGCGAUGGAACUGUCAAAAUUUGGGAUGCAAAGACCACCUCUUGUCUUCUUACUUUCACGCCACAAUCAACAGCAGAGCAAGUCAAAGGCACUCCAAAUCCUGUAGGUGCUGCAGCACUUACUAGCCAUACGGUGCAGGCCAUCGUUGGAUUGCCAAAGACCAGUGAACAAAUACUAGUGUGUACCAAGAGCAAUACCCUUUACUUGAUGUCGAUGCGUGGAAAGCUGAUCAAGGCGUUCACACACCAAAAGAAGGCUGGGUCUGACUUUGUGGCUGCCGGUGUGUCUCCUCAAUGUGAAUUGGUGUAUGGCCUUGGUGAAGACUCGACGCUCUAUUGCUUUCAAGUUUCAACGGGCAAAUUGAUCAAUGAGAACAAGCUUUGUGAUCAUGAAGCUGUUGGCAUGACAUGCCAUCCACAAGCCAACGUUGUUGUUUGUCAUGAUGAUAUCGGCCAUGUAUAUUUCCUUCGAGCAUAG